UCCCUCGAAAGAAAGCCCUAUCAACGCAUUAAGGCUCUCUUGCCCUUCUCCGCCGCUCGCCGAGAAAAUUCCACAUUUUUUAGGGUUUCACGGCGGAGAAUUCCUCCGGUGACGGCAUCUUCAAAUCUCUCUCGUUUAGAAUCAAUUUGAUUUCUGAAGCAUAUUCGUCGCCCGAGAUUUCAUUCAAUGGCAACUAUGGCUAGGUCGUUCCUACAGGCAAUAUCGACGGAGGAGUCAGCUCCACCGCUCAGAGUUGUUCAGAUCGAGGGACUGGUUGUGUUAAAGAUAAUCAAACACUGCAAAGAAUUUGCCCCAACUCUCGUCACUGGACAGCUUCUUGGACUAGAUGUUGGAAGCGUCCUCGAAGUUACCAACUGCUUUCCUUUCCCAGUCCGGGAUGAUGAUGAAGAAAUUGAAGCCGAUGGUGCUAAUUAUCAGCUUGAAAUGAUGAGAUGCUUAAGGGAGGUCAAUGUGGACAACAAUACUGUUGGAUGGUACCAAUCAACUAUUCUUGGUUCUUACCAGACAGUAGAACUUAUUGAGACCUUUAUGAAUUACCAGGAGAACAUUAAGAGGUGUGUGUGCAUCAUAUAUGAUCCCUCAAAAGCUAACCAAGGUGUUUUAGCUUUGAAGGCUUUGAAGCUUUCCGACUCCUUCAUGGAGUUGUACCGUAAUGGAAAUUUUACGGGCGAGAAAUUGAGAGAAAAAAAUUUCUCAUGGAUGGAUAUUUUCGAAGAAAUCCCUAUCAAGGUCUCCAACUCUGCUCUCAUCAGUGCCUUUAUGACUGAACUGGAGACAGAUACACCCAUUUCACAGGGUGAUUAUGAUCGUCUUCGCUCAUCAACCACACCCUUCCUCGAGAACAAUAUGGAGUUUUUGAUUAAAUGCAUGGAUGACCUAUCAAUGGAACAGCAAAAGUUCCAAUUCUAUUACCGGAACCUCUCCCGUCAGCAAGCACAGCAACAAGCUUGGCUCCAGAAGAGAAGGGCGGAGAAUAUGGCUCGGAAAGCGGCUGGAGAGGAGCCUUUACCUGAGGAGGAUCCAUCAAACCAGAUCUUUAAACCCAUUCCCGAACCGUCGAGGCUGGAGAGCUUCCUUAUAACAAAUCAAGUUUCAAAUUUUUGCAGCCAAAUCAACGGUGUGGCUGGUCAGAAUUUCAGCAGGCUCUACCUGACAAAGGCAUUGAAUGAAGACUGAUAUACAAAGAGAAGCAAAGCCCGGUAAAAGGAGCAUAUUAUCAUCAUAUUAGUAUCGGUAUUUUCGCAGUGACUUGUAGUUGAUGAACUAUUUAUGGAGAUUUUUGAAGAAUGGAUGUAAGUUUUGGAUCCCCUAAUGGCUUACAACAUUUUUCUGUCUUGCUUUGGUUCUACCUUGGAUUUUGAUUUGUUGACAUCUCCUUUUGAAUUACAAAGAUCUCAUCAUUUGAUUGUA